CUCUGCUUUCACUGAAGACACCAAAGCAAUUGUACGCCCGCCUCGGAUAACAGGGAUAUUUUUUAAAACGUGUGUGAUUUUAAGCAAUAGUUUAAUACUCGUAACGACAGGACAGGGGUUCGGACACACACUCGCCUGGCCAUAAGGGGAUCAUGAUGAACGUUAUGGGAGAUAGUUACGACCACCCGUUUGCAUCGAAGUCGGCGUUUAUGGAUAUUCAGCAGAUGCAAUCUCAGCCACUGGCGUACAGCGCUGUUAACCCUCACCAUUAUGUACCCCCUUCUAUGAGAUGCACAGCUGGGCCACCACAGACACACCAUGAGGCUCACCCGUAUGUAUCUGCAGCCUCGAUGCAGCACUCACGAUCCUUGGGCUAUCCUUUUUCAAUGAAUGCGAUGGGCACACACCGUCACCAUCCCUACACGAAUGCGUAUCCAACGGCAUCAAGUCCCAUUGCUGAUGUAUGUUGUGACGACAAAUCUGAUUUGAAAGAAGUGAAGUUAAAUAGUAAAGGCAAGAAGAUACGGAAACCACGAACAAUAUACAGUAGUAUUCAAUUACAACAACUAAAUCAACGAUUUCAGAGAACACAGUACUUAGCAUUACCUGAACGAGCUGAAUUAGCUGCAUCUCUUGGUCUAACACAAACACAAGUCAAAAUUUGGUUCCAAAAUCGACGAUCAAAAUACAAGAAAGUGAUAAGGCAACAGCAACAAAUAACACAAAAUAAACACAGUUCACCGGCGACGACACAACAACAACAAAUUCCAACGCUCGCUUCACCUCUCAAGGCUGCAAAUACACAACUUGAAGAACAGCCACCAUCACCGGACACGCCAUGGGAAAUGAGCGCAAACGCUAAACAUCCCGCUAAUUCGUACGUGCAGCAGCAAUACGGAUGGUUCCCUCAGCCUACCGUUCUUUCUCACCAAAAUUUCCACCAUCAACACGAUAGCAAUGGAAUACAUCGCCAGACAUUCACGAGUCCACAGCAGACAAUUUGAAAAGACAAUUAAAAAACAUAACGGACACAAUAGUUUACACGAAAGAUUAUUUAUAAAUUGUCGCUUGAGGUUAUUCCGGCGGUAUAGUACGGUACGGUACAUUCCGAAUAAUGCAUCCGAGAAUAUUAGAUGUUGAAUCCAGCGCGCGAUCUGUGGACCUCGGCUAAACAGGCAAUACUGUACAUUCCUGAAUAAGCCAUCUCGUACGUAUGCGCAUUUAGAACUACGAGAGCGCCUAUUAGUGAUGAUGAA